AUGACAUUCUGAGAUUGUAUGAACACUUUCUAAACCGAGUUAAACUAUGUUGAGGUCUUAAGCACCAAAGUUUAGAGUUGAACAAUAUGAUCAUUUUCAACAAAAUCCAUCCACAUUUUUUUUUUUUUUUUUUGCCAACCAAAGUGAGAAAAAGGUGGUGUUUGAAUAAUUAGACCUUAUUACACCAAAACUCUCCCUAUAUAAACCCCACAAGCCAAUGCUCAUUGCCACCAUCUCAUUGCACUCUGCUUUAAUUCCUCACUCCCCAAUUUGACAACUAAAAUGGCUUUCAGCUAUGCAAAAUUCCUUGUCCUCCUAGCCGCUGCAGCCUCCAUGUUGGCAGCUAGCCAGGCGGCCACUGUUGUCGUGGGAGGGUCGGAGCACUGGCGCUACGGCUUUAACUACACCGACUGGGCUCUUCAACAUGGCCCCUUUUACCAAAAUGAUAAACUAGUAUUCAAGUAUGAUCCACCAAGCGAGAACAGCCCACCUCACACAGUGUACUUGCUGCCAAACCUGGGGAGCUUCAUAAACUGCGAUUUCAGGAGUGCACAGUUGUUGGCAAAUGUAACACAAGGAAGUGGUGAUGGCUUUGGCUUUGUGCUCACUAAUAAUUGGAGGCCGCUUUACUUCGCUUGUGGAGAAGAGGAUGGCAAGAACUGCAAGGAGGGGCUGAUGAAGUUCUUCGCGGUUCCUUUGCCUCGUCGCUCAUAAAUAUAUACAUCUACAUAUAUAUAUAUAUAGAUGAUGACACAGAAAAGAACAGGGAAGCGUAUACACAGCCUAUACAUGUUAUAGUUUGGUGGAAUAACUGGAUCAUUUGGCGUGACCAUGAUUGAUACUUCAAAUAAGUUCUUUUCAUUUUUCAUUUUUUUGCUUUCAUGUACUUCAUUAUGUUGUUGUUCAAUUUUUGAAAGGAAUGUUGUGAGAUGGCACUGAUAAAUAAAAUGUUUUGUGUUUGAUUUGAA